UUCUAACAUUCUCUUAUCGAGUCUGAUCCUUCUCUGGAUGGCAUUGCAGGGGUGCGAUUGAAUGCAUGGAGGUUGUUUUAGGGGAGAAAGAUGCAGCCGACUGGAUUUACCGAGGAGAAGGGGCUGUGAAUCUUGUUCUUGCUUACAACGGAUCUUCUCCUGAUUUUGUUGGAAAAGUGAUGCGCAUACAAAAGGCUCCCCGGAGCAGAUCCCAAUGCACUACUGAUACCUCAGUUUUGUCCAUGUUCGAUUGCCUUAUUUGGAAAGAUACCAAUGAGCUUGUGUCAUCCACUUCAAAGGAAGUUGUUGGACAACUAUUUGUGUUCUAUGUGAUGAGACCGUUGCUAGGCUCUGAACAUGUUGAUGUUGGGAUGCAUGUCCUUGUGUCUAGGAAAUUCUUGGAGUCUAUUGAAAACAAAGUGCGUUGUCAGCGCCCUGCUUGGCGAGUAGAUGCUGCCAAGGUUGAUACCCUGUGUGAUUCAGCUCUUCUUAUUUCUGAUCAUUCAGUUUUCCCUCGUGGUGCUCUUAAAGAGAGUCCCUGCAUAUCAGUUGAAAUAAAGCCCAAAUGUGGAUUUAUUCCAUGUUCAAGAUUCAUAGCUGAAGGAAAUGCUGUUAAAAGGAGUAUAACUCGUUUCAGAAUGCACCAAGUCCUGAAGCUUCAUCAAGGAGAGUACUUGCUCCAGGUUAUUGCUCUCUUUUUUAAUUUUAGAUUCAAGAUUUCACAGAUUAGUGAGUAUGAUCCACUAGAUCUGUUCUCUGGAUCCAGUGAAAGAAUACAUAAGGCUAUCAAGGCUCUCUUUGUCACACCACAGAACAAUUUUCGCAUAUUCCGAAAUGGUUCUCUGAUUUUUGGGGGAUUGGGAGGUGGCACUGACAAUACUAAUUUCGUGGGUAGUGAGGCACUUGAAGAUUCAAUUGAGGGUCUUAUUCAGGCGGACUAUGGUCUGCGUACAGCAAGUUUUCUACAGCUUGUAUCAGAGACAAUUUUCAAAUCAGGAGUGUUGGACCGGCUUUUGGAAGCACAGAAGCUUGAUCUGCUUGACAUAGAAGGGGCUAUACAUGCAUACUACAACAUUGUUUCUCAACCUUGCAAGGUAUGUAGAGAUUUGGGUGACGGCGAAUUCUCACGCAUAUAUUUAUCUCUGCAUUCUAUUUCAUUGGAAGAAAGCCUGAAGAUUGUGAGGGAUUAUUUGAUGGCUACAACUGCAAAGGAUUGUAGUCUAAUGAUCAGCUUUAGACCGAGGGAAAAUGGGGAUCCAGGGUCCCCACAUAGCAAUGUAUGCCUGGAGUCUACAAACCAAAGCUUUGAAUACAAGGUGUAUUUCAUUGAUCUGGAUAUGAAACCCUUGGAGAAGAUGGUUUACUACUAUGAAUUGGACCAGAAGAUAGUGAGCUGCUACACUCAAAUGGAGAAGAUGGAUAAUGGACCAUCAUAUUUUGCUAACAGUGGGGGUUCUAAGACUGCCGAGAUUCAACCCGAUAGCAGUGAUGAAUGUCCUCAGUGAAAGUUUUGCAGGUAGUGGAAAGUACUUUGUUUAGAUUUUGUUGUUCUACUUACAUGAUGUUGGAGAUGUUAUUAAAUCAUGGUUCUCUUUUGUAAUGUAACUGCUAAGUGAACUUACCCCAUGUUUCAUGGAAGAAAACAUCGUUUACUGAAAUUAAAGUUUAGGUUCCCUGAGAGAGAGCUU